CUGUUCCCAGCAUGGCGGCCACCUGGCCGUCUGGGCCAGCUACUCCGGAGGCCGUGGCCGCCCAGGUUCUGGGUGUCCUGUGGUUCGUGUCAGUCACCACGGGACCUUGGGGAGCUGCUGCGAUCGCCGCCGCUGGUGGCGAGGAGACGCUUAAGUGCGAGGACCUCAAAUUGGGACAAUAUAUUUGUAAAGAUCCAAAAAUAAAUGAUGCUACACAAGAACCAGUUAACUGUACAAACUACACAGCUCAUGUUCCUUGUUUUCCAGCACCCAACAUAACUUGUAAGGAUUUUGGUGGCAAUGAAACACAUUUUACUGGAAAUGAAGUUGGUUUUCUGAAGCCUGUAUCUUGCCGAAAUGUAAAUGGCUAUUCAUACAAGGUGGCAGUUGCGCUGUCUCUUUUCCUUGGAUGGUUGGGAGCAGAUCGAUUUUACCUUGGAUACCCUGCCUUGGGUUUGUUAAAGUUUUGCACAGUAGGGUUUUGUGGAAUUGGGAGCCUAAUUGAUUUCAUUCUUAUUUCAAUGCAGAUCGUUGGACCUUCAGAUGGAAGUAGCUACAUUAUAGAUUAUUAUGGAACCAGACUUAUAAGACUGAGUAUUACUAAUGAGACAUUUAGAAAAACACAGCUGUACCCCUAAAUAUUUUUAAAAAGAAACAGGAUUUGGGCUUCUUUGAUUUCAGUAGAGCACCCUCAGUAUGUGGAUUUCCAGAUUUUCUUUUUUCUUCUUCGUAUACCACUUUAUGGAUUCUAUAUAACUUUUUGUUGUUGAUAUUUUUUUUUGGUUGUUUUACUUAGAAGCAUUUUAUUUAAUUGGACUUUCUUUGAGAGCUGUGUGAUAAUUGAGUCUUAGGCUACUGUCUCUAUGAGAUAGAUAGCUUAUUACCCCAAUACUCUUUAAUGCCUUUUCCAAAGGCAAGUUGCCCCUUGUCAUUUUUGCUUCUGAAAAAUAAAAGUAUGACUUAUUCACAU